AAAAGACUACCUUCUCUUCUAUCUCAUCACACUCCCUCAAAGCAAAUAUGAUCCCAACAGCAAGUCUUCUCUUGGUUACUUUGAUCCUCACUGCUUCACUUGGUGGCUUGUUAGCUCGACCCGACUCCAACGGACCCUUCUCAGCUGAGCUCAAGCACUCGGACAACAAGAACAAAGGUGGUGGAGCCGGUGGCAAUAAGGGAGGUGGAAACAAUGAUGGUGAUGGUGGCAUGGGAGGGUUCUUUGGACCUGGAGGUGGGUUUGACAUUCCCGGCUUCGGAAAGGGCUUUGGAGGUGGCUACGGUGGCGGCUACGGCGGUCCCAGCGGAGGCCACUCCAAAGGUGGUAUAGUGAGGACUACUCAGGUGUGCAAAGAAAAGGGUCCUUGCUUCAACAAGAAGCUGAAGUGUCCUGCUAAGUGCUUCACCUCCUACAGCCGCUCAGGGAAGGGCUACGGCGGCGGCGGCGGAGGCGGUGGUUGCACCAUCGACUGCAAGAAGUGUACUGCUUAUUGCUAGAGGAAUAGGCUGGGCUGUUGUUAUGGUGCGGCCGGGCAGUAGGUGGUAAUUACUAUUAGUAUAUAGAAUCUAUGAGUUUGUAAUCAGUCCUAUGAGACUAUAUUUAUUCUAUAUAUGCUUUUAUCGGGUCACUUCCUCUCUAAUCUAUUUAGUUAAAUAAAAGCUUAGUUGGAAA